UACCUCCAGGGACGAGGUGCGCCGUUGACACACUCCAGGUACUUGAACAUGGCUUGGCCUCCCAGGGCCAGAGCUCAGCUGGGUGGAAUCCUUCUCGCCUUCUUCGGGUGGGUCUCGUCUUGCGUGACAACCGUCGUGCCUCUCUGGAAAAACUUGACCUUGGACUUAAACCAGCUGGAAGUGUGGAACAUGGGCCUGUGGCACGCUUGUGUCAUUCAAGACGAGGGCGCCACGGAGUGCAAGGCCUACGACUCUCUGCUGGCCCUGCCCCUCGUAUUUAGACUAGCUAGGAUUUUAAUGGUCACUGCCAACAUCCUGGGAUUUCUUGCGUUCUUCCUGUGUCUUUGGGGGCUGAGCUGUCUGAAGACCGUGAACAAAAACAUGGACGUGAAAAGACAGCUCGGGGUGGCUGGGGGAAUCUUCUUCUGCCUCUCCGGCAUAGCCACCCUGGUGCCCAUCUCCUGGGUUGCCUACAACACAGUACAGGAAUUCUGGGAUGCAACGGUGCCCGAGAUUGUUCCAAGGUGGGAAUUUGGGGACGCUUUGUUCUUGGGUUGGUUUGCUGGUUUUUUCCUUCUCGUCGGUGGGCUCCUUUUUAUCUGCUCCACUUGUCUGCAGGAGGCUGAAGAACCACCCCAGCCACUGCCCGCCUAUCCUUGGCAGGAAGCACCGAAUGGACCCAGGCUGCAAAAUCGGCAUCGGUACACAGCAACCAAAAAUGCUGACCUUGUCAUCUGA